UCACAAGACCAAGGCUUCCAGUGUGCCGCCGACUUCUCUCCGGGAGCUGCUCAUUCUCAGACAUGCCGAAGCAAAUCCACGAGAUCAAGGAUUUCCUCCUCACUGCUAGGAGGAAGGAUGCACGCUCCGUGAAGAUCAAGAGGAGCAAGGAUGUGGUGAAGUUCAAGGUCCGCUGCUCCAAGUACCUCUACACUCUUUGCGUCUUCGAUUCCGAGAAGGCCGACAAGUUGAAGCAAUCUCUGCCUCCAGGUUUGAGCGUGCAAGACCUGUGAGAAGAUGGCUUUGUUUCAUAGCCAGUAGAGUUUUUAGCGAGAGACAUGCACUUCCAGUGAUUUAAGAUUUAUUUUCUUGCCAGUGUCUACAGGUUGUCUUGGUUGACCUGGAUUUGGUUAUUAAUUAUUAUGUUAUGAGGAAAAUAUGGCUUUUGCUGAAUCAUAUGAUAUUGUACCUGUGAACCUUUCUUGCCAUCAUCUUAUUUGGAUAAAGUAAGAAUCUAAGCUUAUUGUUGUUGUUAUGGAAUCAAUGGGGUUUUCCUUUUACUACUA